AUGGGUCCAGUUGGCAGAUCUCGUUCUCGAAGCCCUGUAAAAACAGCUGAAAAUAGAAUUGACGGUGAAGAUCCCAAAAGGAAAGAUGUGCGGAGAGAAAGAUCCCGAUCAAAGGAUCGCCUGAAGCAUAAGACAAGGCACCGAUCACGAAGUAGAGAAAGAAAACGAAGUCGUAGUAAAGAAAGGAAACAAAACAUAAAUCACAGCAAGGAUAAACACAAGAGGAGGAGGUCUCGAUCUCCAAAAUCAAAAGAUGCCAAAGGUGACUUAAAAGAUGAAGAGGAAGAAGCGAAGAAAGAACAAGAUAAAAAGGUUCCUUUGUCUUUAGAAGAGUUACUAGCAAAGAAAAAGGCAGAGGAAGCAGCUUUGAGUAAGGUAAUGAGAUUUAUUUCAGAACACAUUCAUUGUUUAAUACAAUUUUGCCUAACAUUUGUCAUACAAUUAUUUAAAGCAAACAGCAUUUACUUUUUAAACA